UCACGGCGGACCUGUACCUCCACGUGACUAAACAUGAACCCGAUCAGGAUGUUGGCGCUGCUGCUUCUCGUCACUUUAUUGCACAGUCCUGUCUCCGUGUCGGUGACAGUGAGCAGCAGUAAACCCAAAGUGGAGGUGCACGAGCACACAGAUGCGACUCUCGCCUGUGAGUUCAGGACCGAGAAAGAUCAGAACCCCCGAAUCGAGUGGAAGAAAAAAGGAAAAGGGGUGACAUUUGUGUUCUUUGAUCACAAAUUCACUGAUUCUUACGCAGGACGAGCAAACAUGGAAGGAGCGACGCUGACGAUACACGCCGCCACUCAGAAAGACUCGGGGGAAUACCGCUGCGAGGUGACGGCCAGCGAGGACCAAGUCAACCUGGGGGAAGCCACCGUGAUCCUGGAUGUGCUCGUGCCUCCUCACGUCCCGUCCUGCGAGGUGCCGAGCUCCGUGUUCGUGGGCUCCGGCCUGGAGCUCCUCUGUAAGGACACGCUCAGCGUGCCUCCUGCCACCUACCGCUGGUACAAAGACAACAAGGCUCUGGCGGCCGCGGCAGAACCUCAAUACAGCGUGGACACAAACAAGGGCACGCUGAUGUUUAAGAGCGUGUCCAAGACAGACGCCGGGAUGUACCGCUGUGAAUCCUCCAACAGCGUGGGGGCGCCCAAGAGCUGUGUGGCCCAACAACUGAACGUUAUUGAAUAUCCUUUGAAUAGGACUAUUCUGAUAGCAGGUGCUGCAGGUUUUCUGACGCUCGUACUUUUCUGCUGCAUCUGUGUGUGUGUCUGCCGACGCCGAGGCGGCUGCAGGGAAGACAAGAACACCAAAAGCAGCAAGUCCUACAACCCUCCUCCUCCUGCUCCUCCUCCUCCUCCCAUACGCAACAUCAAGCACUACAAACAAACUCACUCCUUCAUGAUCUGAGUCACUUUGACUUCAAACCAUCCAGAACCGUUUGGAGGGCGGCUCACGGGGCUUCCUGGGACGGACAGAUCUUCAGAUCAGAAGAUAAAACAUUGCUUCCUAAACAAAGCUAUUGGUUUAUAGUUUGGGAGACAGUUCCGACUUUUAGAUCUCACACAAACUUACAGUUAUGUAAAUAUAAACUUCAACUUUAACUCAGCUCUUGCAAAUGCUAUUUACAUGAUAAAACAUUCUUUAAAAUCUUGUUUUUAAGAGUAUUUUUCCAACUCUUUUCCAACAAUUUUGGAGCCAAGUUCAGCGCUUCUCUCCACGUUUUAGCUCUUAGCUAGUAACUGUUAUUCACCCACACUUGUCUAAUUCUGAGCGACUCUAUAGUAUCUGUAUGUGUAUCCUUCUUAUUGCCUUUCUUUUAUAUUUAGAUGCAAAUAUGUUGAUUUAUGUGAGGAUUUUUGUUGUUGUGUUGAUUUUAUAAUGGUUGAAUCUUUGGCUGUAUGAAUUCACAUGUGAAUUGAGCGACAGAUGAACGGGUGUCUGUACACACUGAACGGUGCUUUUUAAAAUCGUUGAUGCUCUUUUUAAUGAGUCUUUUUCAAUAAAGAAAGAUGAAACAAAAAUA